GUGCUGAUAGUUUAGAAUUUAGAAGUCAGCAAGUAAUGGCUUCUCUCUCGUCCGUUCGCGAGUUGGUUUCAGUUUCGCCCGACGGAGCCGGAGGCGAUCUCGGCCCGGCUCCCUUCUUUUAGUCGAACGGGAUCUCGAAAAGGAAUGAGAGCCGUCUGGCUGAGAUGUAGUUUGAUAGCUGAAGGGGGCGUCGCAACUAGCAAUGACUGAAGAGGAGGCGGAGCACCGCCGAACUCUCGACGUCCUCCAGUCCAUGAUAGACACGUCGGCGGACAGACUCGAAGGCCUGAGGACCAAGUGCGCGACCAGCGCCGAACUCACCCAACACGAGAUUCGAACUCUCGAAGGUAAACUGAUCAAGUUGUUCUCCAGCCAACUUACCAUAAAAUCAAAGCUGAAAGAUACAAAUGCAGACACGAGGCAGCUUCCAUCCGUCCAGCAAUGGCUUCAGGUAGUCGGACUCAGCCAUGAAUCGAUAGAGGCGAUAUGUGUUCGAGUACGGUCUAUUGAUGUGUUACAAGAAAAAUCCGAGCAUGAGCUUAAAAUGCUCUUGAAUAGUGAUCAUUCGAGUUUUAGGCAAGAAGAGCUGAGAAGAUUAAACCGUGCACUUCACAAUCUUAAAAAAUAUACAGAAAUUCUUGUAAAAGGAGAAUGUGAAGCUUGUGAGCUGCCUUUGUAUUGGGAUUCGUGGGACAGGUCUGCGGCUUCAAAUGUCCUCUCGCCGAGGAGCCAGCUCCGAUCUGUCAACAGGAUUGCGGGUUCGAGGCUCCCAGCCGAUCUUGACGAGACCCCAGGGAUUUUGUCAGGGGUCAUCGGUGGUCAGAUGUCACCUCCCAGUACACCACCGGUCAACAAAUCCAAAGAAAGUACUGGUUCAGUAGGAGAGCGAGGUAAAUUUCCUUCAACUCCUCCACCGAAGAUGAAGCAUCAGACUGGUCUACACUCGGUCGUUCUUCUCCCGGACACCCACCCCCUCACAAAGUCCAAAUCCCAUGAGAGCCAGCUUGCGAAUAAAGUGGACGGCGAAAAUAACAACACGACCACGUCGACACCAAAAGCCGGAGAAAGGAGGGCCAGGCUGCCAACUGAACCAGGCCCAGGGAGAACAUCACCACAGAUAUCAAGCCCUAUCAAAUCUCCUCCUCCAGACCCUCAAAACGAAACUCCAUGCAAAACCAGUUCCCUCCAAGUGCCCAAGUCUCCAAGAACCCCGACCAUCACUCGAGGCAUGGCACACGCAAUCGCCCACAGAUUCACAAAAACGUUCAAGAUGAUGACGACGUGCGAUUACUGUGAUAAGCAGAUGUUUAUCGGCACAGGUCUCAAGUGCAAAGAAUGCAAGUACAAAUGUCACAGGGAUUGUGAGAGCAAAGUGCCUCCUUCUUGCGGAUUGCCUAGGGAGUUCAUGGAUGAAUUCAAAAAAACUCUUCAGACUGAUACAAAUACAUUCAUGCCAAACAAUUCACCAAGUUUGGGCCGCCCUUCUCCUAGUCACCAUGGUGCCACUGUUUCAAACAGAAGGGAACCAUGGAAAACAGUGAUUAGUGUUCCUCCAUUUCCUGGCGGUCCUGAUUCAAGUUCAAAUACUUCAAGUUGUAACAGCUCCACACCGUCGAGUCCCGCUCUAAUCCAGAUUCAAACGCCGGUCGCCACGAUCAACAAGCAGCAGUUUGACUUUCCCGAUGUGGUCACUUUGGAUACCCACCCACUCAACAGAUCUCAGGAUUCCGAUAGAACCGUCUCAGGGAGUACUGACUCAGACCGGACGCCGGUGCGAGUCGAUAGCCAAGACAGUCAAGUUUCUGACGGCGAAGCUGCCGAUCGCCCCUGGCCAAGGCAGAAUAGCCUUUCUAUGAGAGAAUGGGAUAUACCAUUUGGUGAAUUGACAAUGGGAGAUCCAAUCGGAACAGGCCACUUCGGCACUGUGUACCAAGGCAAAUGGCACGGCGAUGUCGCAAUUAAAGUAUUAAAAAUGACCUGCCUAGAUGAUGAAAAAAUGCUCGAGGGGUUCAGACUAGAUGUGGCAACGUUUAGAAAAACAAGGCAUGAAAAUCUGGUCCUCUUCAUGGGAGCUUGCAUGAAACCACCUCACCUUGCUAUCGUUACAAGCAUGUGCAAGGGCUACACACUUUAUACUCACAUACAUAUUUAUAAGGAUAAGUUUACUAUGAAUAAAAACGUUUCGCUAGCUCAACAGAUUUCACAGGGAAUGGGUUACUUGCACGCCCGGGGAAUUAUUCACAAAGAUCUGAAAACGAAAAACAUCUUUCUGGAAAACGGGAAAGUCGUGAUAACUGACUUCGGCCUGUUCAGCGUUACCAAACUCUGCUUCGGCACUAGGAAGGGGGAUGGACUUAGCAUACCGCCUGGCUGGCUCUGCUACCUCGCACCUGAGAUCGUAAGGAAUCUGAGGGCCCAUCAAAAACCAGAAGAAGACGACUUACCUUUUUCGCAGGCAACAGAUAUUUAUGCCUUUGGGACGGUCUGGUACGAACUAUUAUGCGGUGAAUGGCCGUUUAGAGGACAACCUCCUGAGGCCAUAAUCUGGCAGGUUGGAAAAGGGAUGAAACAAACUCUUGCAAACCUUCAAGCAUCACGAGAUGUCAAGGAGAUCUUGAUGAUGUGCUGGUCUUACAAAGCGGCCGACCGGCCCGAUUUCCUCUGCCUGCACAAAACCCUCGAAAAGCUGCCAAAGAAACGCCUGGCCAGAAGUCCCUCGCAUCCGAUCCACCUGUCCCGAUCGGCAGAGUCAGUUUUCUAAACGGAAACUAUUUAAUUUAUCUCAAACAGUUACCUUAGUUAGCUGUCAUUUCUUCACCUCAUAGUAUUUGUGUGUAAUAUUUAAAGUGAAAUGCCGAUAGAAGCAUGGGUUAACGUCAAAACGUCCUGAUGAACAUUCAAUGUUCAAUUUGAGCAUUCUUUAAACAAUUCAUGGGUCUGACAACAUUUUUAAAGUUUUUCGUAUAUAAUAAUGAAUUUAAUACUUAUAUACUCAAUAUUUUCUUCACGGCUUUAACAUAUAGUUUUUUCAUUUUAACUUUUUAACAAUGUAUAUAUAAAUCCUUAAAGAGAGCUUUAAAAGAUCGGGUUUUGUAUACGGAUAUUGUUAUAAGCUAUUACAUUUAAAAAUAAUUAGUCUCUCGUGGAUUCGUUAUGAAUUGAACAGUUCAGAGUUUGAACUUUUUAAAAGCUGUUAACAGUUAAUAUACCAUAAUUUAUUUAAAUUGUUUAUAAUUUAAUUGUUUUUAUCACUAUUUGGAAAAAUGUAAAUUGUGAUAAACCCCACUUUGCUUUGCAGGAAAUAGAAGAAAAAAAUUAGACAAAUUUAUUCAAAAGUAUAAAAAUGCCAAAUCCUUUAACAAAAUAAUUUUUAUUAAAGGCUAUUUAAGUAUCGGUUUCUGUCCUAUUCGUUAUAUUAUAGAUAAGUUAAUUUUUAAACACGAAAUUUCAGAUAAAAAAAGCCAAUUUCACAGAUGGGAUUCGAAACCACCGUCUUCGGAACUGUACCCCGAUGUUCGAACCACCUGAGCCACUGUGAAAUCGAUCCACGAAACAUCGACCUUUCUAUCUCAACCCAAAGUUUUUUGAGUUGAUGGGUUUCGGUCUGUGAGUAAGCGACUCUGUGCCGGUUCAACAGGUGUUUUUUUUUUUUUUUUUUUUUUUUUUUUUUU